AUGGGAUGCACAAUUACAUCUGAAAAAGUAAACCUAUAGAAAACUAUGAUGUUGGAAUCAACAUUCAAUAAAGAAUAAAGGGAGAAAGAAUAACGAAUUAAAGCUCACUUAAUUUUAGAUCAAUAUAGAUAAACAAAAACUAUUAGAAAGUAAGUUAAACUCCAAUCUGAUGUUAAGGAUGCCUUGUAGGAAUAAUUGUAUCGGAACAAAACAGCGUAACCUUAAAAAUCCUCUAUUGCUAAUUGA